GUAAAUUUCAUAACCAACAAGCAGCGAAUUCUAUCAUAAUUUACAACAGAAAAAUGGCUUCAUAAAACUUUAAUUUGUAAUUUUGUUGACCAAGUGCCUUGUUAUCAUGGAAUUAUAUAAAUUAUCAAUUAAAAAGUCCUCAUAUUUGAACUGUAUAUCAAAAAAUAUUUUAAUUGAUUGUAAAAAUAAAUUAAAAGCUGAAUUAUUUUUUACUUGUUCAUUAUUUGGUGGCAUAAACACACGAAAUUUGGAAUGUCUUUAAAAUGGGUGUUGAUAGGAAAAUAAAAAUUUACCAGAAAAUUUAAAUCUAUAAAUUUGUAAAUUUAAAAAUGGAGAGCUCUCCAAGGAGAUCAAGGUCCCUGACUCUAGACAUCCCGAUACUCUUGGGGUCAUCAUAUCCGCCUGCAAUAAACUUUUUUUCAAAUGACAGAUCUGGAAUUAUAAAAGAUUCUCUGCUGUCACUGGGGUCUAAAUGCAUUUCCUCGAACUCGAUGUUUCAAUCCUCGAGUACCGAUGCUUCAUCAGCAGAAAAUCAUGGUAGUGAGACGGGUUAUAAAAAAAUGAGUAAUAGUAUAAGCAAAAAAAGAAUAAUCCAAAGUAUGGUGGGUAUGUUUGGUUCAGUUAAAAAAUUAGUACGUAAGUUACCAAAUGUAGUUCCUAAUUUUGAUGAAGAAUUGUCAGUAACAGUCGUAUCUAAUGGUGAUGUCAUUCCAUCGAAAAAUUUGUAUGUUAACGUACCUUUUAAUAGUGAGGAAAGUAACGAAAUAAAUACAGCGGACAUGGAUUUGAGUAUGAGCAUGAGUAUUAAUAGAGAUAUAGACAUGAACAGUAGUUUGGAUUCUUCUAGAAAAUUCCAGGAUAAUAAAAUCAGCACGAGUUAUUUACCAGAAAUAUUUACAAGACCUGGUAAAUUGUCGGAUAAAAAAUUUCUGAGUAUCGACAACAUCUACCGGCACACCUGGACCGAGCAUCUAAAUCACGCUGAAGAAUCAUUUGAAGAUAUUUCUCUGGAGCUGGCUAUUGAGGAGAGUAUCAAAGAGAUGAACAAGUGCCAGUUUUGCAGGAAACCAGAAAUAGUUGAUGGCGAGAAGAGUCUGUGCGGAGAAUCUCCGGAGAUGGAGAUUGAAGAGUCAAUGGAAUCAGAUGAUGAUCUGGUAAAAUUUUCGUGUCCGAACAGUGUACCUGAGAAUUCACAGAAUAUUGAAAUUACCCAUGAGUCCUUGGAGAGCUCAAAGUCAAUCCUUAGAAAAUACACUUCUGUUAAAUGUGAAUUCAGCUCCAGAACUCGGCGCUUAUCAGAGAGUUCUGUUGAGUCUGACUGUAGUUUUAUUGUUUUUGAAGAGUCGCAUGUGGAAUUAGAAACUUGUUCAUCAAGCGGCGAUGAGCAAGAUGAUAAUAAUGAUAAUGAUAAUGAUUCAUUUGAUAAAUUCACUAAAGAAUUUACUUCUAAAUCUGAUUAUCGAUCCAGACGUUACUCCGAAAGUUCUGUUGAGUCAGACGGCAGUUUCAUUGUCUUUACUGAUGACUUGCCGGCUCAAUGUCCUGAUUACGAUCAGUUUUCACUCAGCGAGGAGUCAGAUGAUGAUGAUCCAUCUAGUCAUAAAGUACGUUUUAACUUGAAACCGUUGGUCCACACGAUGAUUAAAUGGAAUUAUGCAUAUCGUGCUGCACGUAAAGGACCCUGGGAAGAAAUAGCACGAGACCGGGAACGAUUCCGCGGUAGAAUAAAUUCAAUUAGUCAUAUUGUUAACCCAAUACUUUCAGCAGAUCAUCGGCAGAGCAUUUGGCAGGGACGUUUUGCUACUCAAGACUGACUACGCGAAUAAAUGAUGAUAAUUACCCUCAUAGGAAUAAAUGAAGCCUUUUUAAUUUAAUGCUAGCAAAUAAUUCAAUUCAAAAUUUAGUUUAAAUUGCAAUUUAGAUACUAAUUAUUAAUUUAUACUUGAAUGUAAAGCAAUUUUUUGUUAAAAAUAAAAGUUUAAUUAACAUUA